AUGCGCCGUCAGUCUUCUCCUGCACGGCCUCGGCCUACCUCGCAAAGCCUCUGCCAUCCCUAGGGCCAGGCCAGGACGCUCCCCGCGGGCGGGCGGAGGUGUGGGACGCGGUAGGAGCUGGGCGCGCACGGCUACCGCGCGUGGAGGAGGCACGGGCCCGCGGCGAUGGGGGCCAGGGCCGCUCCUUCACGCCGGAGACUGGCGGGGCGGCGUCUGAGGUACCUGCCCGCUGGGAGCUUUCCCUUACUUCUCCUCCUGCUGCUCCUCUGCAUCCAGCUCGGGGGAGGACAGAAGAAAAAAGAGAAUCUUUUGGCUGAAAAAGUAGAACAGUUGAUGGAAUGGAGUUCCAGGCGCUCAAUCUUCCGAAUGAAUGGUGAUAAGUUCCGAAAAUUUAUAAAGGCACCGCCUCGAAACUAUUCCAUGAUCGUUAUGUUCACUGCUCUUCAGCCUCAGCGGCAGUGUUCUGUUUGCAGGCAAGCUAAUGAAGAAUAUCAAAUACUGGCUAACUCCUGGCGCUAUUCGUCUGCUUUUUGUAACAAACUGUUUUUCAGUAUGGUCGACUAUGAUGAGGGAACAGAUGUUUUUCAGCAGCUCAACAUGAACUCUGCUCCUACGUUCAUGCAUUUUCCUCCAAAAGGCAGACCCAAGAGAGCUGAUACCUUUGACCUUCAAAGAAUUGGAUUUGCAGCUGAACAGCUAGCAAAAUGGAUUGCUGACAGAACGGAUGUUCAUAUUCGGGUUUUUAGACCACCCAACUACUCUGGCACUAUUGCUUUGGCCUUGUUAGUGUCACUUGUUGGUGGUUUGCUCUACUUAAGAAGGAACAACUUGGAGUUUAUCUACAACAAAACUGGUUGGGCCAUGGUAUCUCUGUGUAUUGUCUUUGCAAUGACAUCUGGCCAGAUGUGGAAUCAUAUUCGUGGACCUCCAUAUGCUCAUAAGAACCCACACAAUGGACAAGUGAGCUACAUUCAUGGGAGCAGCCAGGCUCAAUUUGUGGCAGAGUCACACAUUAUUCUGGUACUGAAUGCUGCUAUCACCAUGGGGAUGGUUCUUCUAAAUGAGGCAGCAACUUCCAAAGGAGAUGUUGGAAAAAGACGGAUAAUUUGCCUAGUGGGAUUAGGCCUAGUGGUCUUCUUCUUCAGUUUUCUACUUUCAAUAUUUCGUUCCAAGUACCACGGCUAUCCUUAUAGGAAGAACGAAGUGCUAGCAGGAACACAAUAGUCUUCACUUAUGGGUAAUUACCUUCUCAGCAUUUUCCACGGGCAUCUGUGACUCAAAAAUUGCUUCAGAAGACUUUUAUGGAAACAUCUAUGGCAAUCAAGUCUGUUUUAGAAGGGAAUAACAUGAAACAUUCUGUAUUCUAUCAUUUUGAUUCCUCCCGUCUCUACAAUUUCUUUAACUGUCUUAUAAGAUAGCAUGAUGUAAAAAAAAAAAAAAAGCAUGAUGUAAAUAUAAUGGGAAAAUAUCAGUAAUUAAAGCAGAAGUCAUGCAUUCCAGUUUGGGGUUUAAUUUUUUUAUAUUAAAUAGCUGAGAACUGUGACUCUGCAGUUAGAUAAAUCUGGAUUUGACUCUUCAGUCUUCUCACUGUGACUUAGAGUUAGUUUUUUCAUCAGCUCUAAAGUAGUGAAGACAGACUCAGUUGUUAAGAGUUGUCUGUUACUUCUAUAUCUUUUACCAACAUAUUUAACUUUAUUAAGCCUGUUUCAUCCUCUAUAAACUUCAGAAUUUUAUGGGGAUAACUUUGUAGUCACUGAAAUACAGUGAGUUCGCAAUUCAAAUUAAUUACUUUAGCUAACUUCAUGUGUAACAGUCAUGUUAGCACUUAAUUAUUCAGUAUCAAUUUAUUGCAUUGUAUUUUUCAUUAAGUCUUCAUAUACAAUUGUUUAAUAUGUUUAAUUUGUUUCCUUGUAGAAGACUGUAAUAUACUUGGGUAAAGGUCCUUAACAAAUAUACCUUUUAUAUCUACAAAGUGCAAUGCACAUAGUAGGUGCUCAUCAUAUACUUGUUAAUUGAAUCUGUGUGCUCAAAAACAUUUCUUAUCUACUAGCGGUAAAUGCAGGGGAACUGUUGGAAAAAAAUGAAGUGUACUAGUUUGCCACAUUACACAAGCCUAGAAAAUGUAAUCCAUGUCCAGUGGCAAACCCUGGAGUUGUCGGGUUGUUCUACACAGCUAAUGGCAUGUGUAGAAAGAUAGUUAUUCCAGAAAUCUGAUUCUGAGCUGGCUGCCAUCAAAUUAAAAGUAGAUAUAUAUAUUAGAUGAGUAUAGAAAUGGAUAAAGUGUCUUCCAUUGUCUUAUACUUGUAUUUCGUGAUAUGUUUGAUUAUUUUGAAAAAUGAUUAAUAGCAAUAAAAAAUGGAAUGACAUUCAGUAAGGAAAAGUAAAAUAGAGAAACUAGAAAUGAAAGGGGUACUUUAGAAAGUAUGAUGGUGAACAAGCACAUAAGACAGAAUAUCCCAGGAUGUACAGUGUAUAGCAAUACCAUAUUCACUUGUACAUCUUAGAUAUACAUCUUUCAUCUGUAGGGAAAAUAACACAAACUUGAACUGUAAAAA